GUCCCAGAGACUCUCAAGAGUCUUCUCCUGCACCACAGUUUGAGGAGAUCACAGAGGAGACCUUAGUAGAUGGUUGUGGUGGCCGAGUUAUAAAGAGAAGGCUGGGACUGGGGAGUCCUGGAGGAAGGGGAUAUCAAAGGUGGUUUCAAGUCAUCCCCCUGGAUGGGGCACUCGGCAGGCAGCCCAGCCCAGUAUCAGGAGUGUGGGCUUGGAACCUGCCCCACAGAUGAGCUCUGUGACCUUGAGUGGGUCUCAUAACUUCUCUAAGGCUGAGUUUUCUCACUUGUAAGGUGGAGAUCACAAUGGGACUUACCUCAGUGGUUUGUUGUAGGGAAUAAUGCCUGUGAAUUCAUUUCGGGGACUGGGCAUGGCCCCACACACAGAGCAGCCCCAAAACCCAGAGUGUCAUGAAACUCUCAAAUGGGACACUUGUGAAAACAGAGAGGGCAGGCCAGCUGUAGGUUCCACCCCAGUACAGGUUGUUACUCGAUGUAUGAGUUUGGUUGGAGAAGAUUGAAGGGGAUGGCCUUGCUGGUGCCAUGAGGCACCUGUGAAGUAGGGGUGGGUAGAGACCAGGAACUGGAAAUGGAAAGUGAUGAAGCUGGGGUCCUGGAGGAACUGGAAAUGAGGUCAGACAACCAAGCAGAAACAAAUGAAGAAAGUCCAUUAUCACAGGUUAUGUCCAGCCAUGUGACUCUCCAGGUCCCAGCACACACCCUGGAGGCCUUUGUCCACGAGGUCAACAAUGUUCAGCGCACACAUGUGGGGGCAUCCGAAGCCCUGCAGGCCGUGCACACACUCCCACCUGAGCAGAGUGGUGACACCCCCAGCUCUCCAGCCCAAAUUGCCCUGCCCAAGCAAGGGGACUUUCUCAAUUCCUCAGCAAAAGCCGUCCCAUCCGAGCAGGCUGACACUCCCAGUUUCCCAGAAAAGACCAUCCUAUCAAAAAAGAGGGAAAUUCUCAAUUCCCCCCAGAAGAACAUCUUGCCCAAGCAGCCUGCCACCCCCAGUUCCUCAACCCAAACCAUUUCACCAAAGCAGGGUGACAUUCCCAAUUUCCCAGAAAAAACCAUCCUGCCAAAAGAGGGUGACAUUCUCAACCCCCCCAGUAAAACCACCCUGCACAAGCAGGCCAACACCCCCAAUUCUUCAGAAAAACCCACCUCACCCAAGCAGGGUGACACCUCCAAGCCCUCAGCCAAAACCAUUUUGCCCAAGAAGGCUGACGCCCCCAUCUUCCCAAUCCAAACCAUUCUGCCCAAUCAGUCUCAUGCCUCCAAAUUCUCAGAAAAAACCAUCUCGACAAAAGAGGGUGACAUUUUCAACUCCUCAGCCAAAGUCAUUCCAUCAUGGCCGGCUGACUCCCCCAAUUUCCCAGCCAAGAUCAAUCCAUCAUGGCAGGCUGACUCCCCCAAGUUCCCAAUCAAGAUCAUCUCACCUAAACAGACUGACUCCCCUAACUCCCCAAACCAAAUCCUCUCACCCAAGCAGACCGAUUCCCCUAAUUUCCCAGACAAAAUCAUUUCAUCACGGCAGGCUGACUCCCCCAAGUUCCCACUCAAAACCACGCUGCUCAAUCAGGUGGGCAUCCCCACUUCUUCAGAAAAAAGCAUCUCACCCAAGCAGGGCAAUACCCCCAAUUUUCCAGCAAAAUUCAGUUUGCCCAAGAAGAGUAAAACCCACAAGUUUACAACCAAAGCCAUUCUGUCCAAGCAGGGUGACACCCCAAAAUCCUCAGACAAAACCAUCCUGCUCAAGGAGAGUGAGACCCCCAAGUCCUCAGCCGAACCCAUUCUGCCCAAGGAGGGUGAGACCCCCAAGUCCUCAGCCGAACCCAUUCUGCCCAAGGCGGGUGAGAUCCCUGAGUCCUCAGCUGAAACCAUUCUGCCCAAGGAGGGUGAGACCCCCAAGUCCUCAGCCGAAACCAUUCUGCCCAAGGAGGGUGAGACCCCCAAGUCCUCAACUGAAACCAUUCUGCCCAAGGAGGGUGAGACCACCAGGUCCUUAGAGGACACGGUCCGGCCCCCAGGAGGCAAUAGCCUGCAGUCAGAGGAAGAUGCAGAGUUCCUGGAUGAGGACCUGGUGAAGGUGAUCCUGAGCAAAGAAGACUUUGAGGUGGCGCUAAAGGAAGCUGGGGAGCGGCUGGUGGCCGUGGACUUCUCGGCCACGUGGUGCCAGCCCUGCAAGACCAUCAAGUCCUUCUUCCAGACCCUGUCCCUGAAGUAUGAGGAUGUGGUGUUUCUGGAAGUGGAUGCUGACGAGUGCGAACAACUGGUGAGAGAGUGCAAGGUCGAUUGCGUUCCAACCUUUCAGUUUUAUAGAAAAGAAGAAAAGGUGGGCCAGUUUUCUGGUGCCCUGCACGAAAAACUUGAGACACUCAUUACAGAAUUAAAGUGAUCAUGUGUUCCAAAAGCA